AUGUACGACUCGUUCUAUUUUUCGAUGACGAUGCCGUCAGUGCUUCCAUUGACGCCUUCUAUUCCCAUGGGAUUGAUUAUCUUGGGUAUGCUCUUGAUGGGAACAAUCGCCUUUAACGUCUUUGACAAUGCCUUCUUUCUUGGACAGACUGCAAAGUUCCUUCAGGUUCCUUGGUUUCCUGAACUCUUUUGCAAGUGGUCCCGCGAGUUUCCCGAGGCGCCCCUUAUUCGAUACUUGAACUUUGCCAGCGGCGAAACACUGUUUGUAAACAGUAUCGAGGCAUAUAAGCAGGUCCUUCAGACGAAGAGCUCGUAUUUUGUGAAGCCCGCCUUUGCGAAGCAGUUCGCCCAUGAAAUCAUCGGCGAUGGACUUCCCUUCAUCGAAGGCAAGCUUCACAAGCUACGUCGAGUAGCCAUCAGUCAACCGUUCUCGGCUCCACGACUUAGAGCCUUCGCCCCUAUUGUUCAGAGAAAGGCCGAACAACUGAUCGAUGUACUGACCCAACAACGUAACGAACACGGUAACGUUGAAAUUGAGAGCAAUAUUUGGAAAGCAGUCCUCGACGUGAUUGGACUCGAAACUUUUGGCAUUGAUCUUAACCACCUCGAAUCGGACGAGUCUCCUUUGUUUGACACCUUCACCAAGAUGAUGCAACCCUCGACGUUUGGCCAUGUUAUCAACUACUUGAACUCACUAAUCCCGAUUCGACAGUUUGUACCCAUGAAAGAAUGCAUUGAGUUUUCUCAAAGCUGUACCCGAGUUCGGGAGUUCAUUAGCGAACAGUGCCUUAGCAAAGAAAGGAACCGAGACGCCCUUCAGUGUUUGUUGGAACACUCCGACUCUGAUUGGAACGAUAAGAAUAUCGUUGAAUAUAUUUUGAAUCUUUUGAUCCUUGGACAUGACACGACAGCCUGCUCCAUCACCUGGGCCGUUCACGAGCUCUCACGCCGACCGGACUGCCAGCAGCGUCUGAGAGAUGAAAUCGGAAACAUGGACAGCACUUGCGGCAUGCCUGAUUUCAGCGACAUCGACAAACUCCCGUAUCUGCACAACUUUGUGCGCGAAGUUCUGCGACUUUACUGCGCAGUGGCCAUGGCACCUCGCCAAGCGACCAGCGACGUGGAAAUCGACGGUAUCAUGAUCCCCAAAGGAACCGUGAUCCAACUCUCGCCCGCGGUGAUGAACACACACCCUCUGGUCUGGGGCCCAGACGCGCAGGAGUUCAACCCUGGCCGCUGGAGCGAUCUCACGGGUGACGCGACAAGCGCCUACGCCUUCGAGACGUUUCACAACGGCCCGCGGAUGUGCAUCGGCAAGCAGCUUUCCAUGAUGGAGAUGAAGAUCAUGCUUGUCGAGCUGGUGCGAAAGUUCAAGAUCGAGAAACCUCUUGGAAACGAAGAGAAGCAGGUUGAAGUCGCUGGACCGGCUUUUACACUGCGACCAAAGGAGAAUUUGGUUGUGCGUUUGGUGGAGAUGUAA